UCCCUAAUUACGAUAUGUUGGUUCGUAUAUCUUGUAUGGGGUGUCCGGAAAUUACAUCUUUGACUAAAGCAAUCAUGCAUUUUCUAGCAGUGGUAAGAUUCCGGUGACAGAUAGACCAUUUUAAUAUUUUUCAUGCGAUUCAUAACUUCUUGUGUUUUCUUACCUUGGAAAUACUUGUGCUGGCACCACUGCCUGCAGUUAUUGUUUUCUUUACAAAAACCAGGUCGUAAUGUAAAAUUUAAUAGCACUUGAUCAUGAUUGAGGCCUGUCAUGAGUAAGUCAAAUCCAUUAUAGAUAUAUAUACUGAUAUGUCCGUUAGAUAAAAGACAUAUAAAAAGAGUGUGAUGCGGUCUCCUCUGGUCCUCCAUCCAGACGGCACCUGAGAGGAUCAGCCGGCUGUGGACUAACCCUCCACCAAUCCCUUUUUGUCUCCAAGCUUUUAGAGCUAUCCUUAUAUCUCUUCUGGAGUAUCAGUUAUUGUUAUAAUGGGGCACACUAUAUAUACACGAUGUUUCGAUCAUAGACUCAGUUACUGGCUCGUGCUUUAUGUCAUCUUUGUUCUGUACUAGGAGGAUCUGCGGCAGGACAGUUGGAUUACAGACUGUUGCUUUGCUUGUUUAUUGAUUGAAACACUCAGAUUAUUGUUUAUUGCUUGCCUAGUUUGAAUUGCCUUCCGAUUUUAUAAAGUCUUGCAUGUUCAACCUCUUUCUUGCAACUUGAUUUCAUCCGCUUCAACUCCCUUUGCUCUCCAACAGCUUGAGGAUUCUCAAGUUGGCGCUCAUGACGUCAAAAUCAAAAAUGGCAAGUCGACUAGCUAUUUCCUCAGAUGCUGAUGCUCCUGAUUCCCAUCACAAUCCUUCAGUGCCUCCAACUGUCACGUUUGGGCGGAGAACCUCGUCUGGCCGAUAUAUCAGUUAUUCCAGGGAUGAUCUUGAUAGUGAACUUGCAAGCAGUGAUUUUAUGAACUACACAGUGCACAUGCCACCAACCCCGGACAAUCAACCAAUGGAUAUCAUUUCCCAGAGGGUUGAAGAGCAGUAUGUUUCGAGUUCACUCUUUACAGGUGGAUUCAACAGUGUAACACGAGCUCAUCUUAUGGACAAGGUGACUGAAUCAGAAGUAAACCAUCCCCAGAUGGCCGGUUCAAAAGGAUCUUCAUGUGCCAUUCCUGGAUGCGAUGGUAAGGUGAUGAGUGAUGAGCGUGGGGUGGAUAUCCUUCCUUGUGAAUGUGAUUACAAGAUAUGUAGGGAUUGUUAUCUGGAUGCUGUUAAAACUGGAGAUGGAAUAUGCCCUGGUUGUAAAGAACAGUACAAGACCGCUGAUCAGGAUGAAACAGAACAAACUGGAAGGACACUUCAACUCCCACCUCCCUCUGGGAUUUCAAAAAUGGAAAGGAGGUUGUCGCUGAUGAAAUCAACAAAGUCACAACUGAUGAGGAGCCAGACUGGGGAUUUUGAUCACAAUCGAUGGCUCUUUGAAACGAGUGGCACCUACGGCUAUGGAAAUGCCAUAUGGCCAAAGGAAGGGGGAGGAUUUACUAAUGGAAAGGGUGAAAAGACAGCUGGCCCGUCGGAUUUGAUGGGGAAACCGUGGAGGCCACUUACUCGCAAGUUGAAAAUACCAGCUGCUAUUCUAAGUCCAUACAGGCUUCUGAUCGUAAUUCGAUUGGUUGUUCUUGGAUUAUUUCUGCAUUGGAGGAUCACCCACCCGAAUAAUGAUGCAAUCUGGCUGUGGGGAAUGUCUAUAGUUUGUGAGUUAUGGUUUGCUUUCUCCUGGGUUCUUGAUCAACUUCCUAAGCUCUGUCCUAUCAACCGUUCCACGGACCUUAACGUCUUGAAAGAGAAGUUUGAAAUGCCUAACGGAAAAUCUGAUCUCCCAGGAAUUGAUAUCUUUGUCUCUACUGCGGAUCCUGAGAAAGAACCUCCUCUUGUCACCGCAAACACCAUUUUGUCUAUCUUAGCUACUGAUUAUCCAGUUGAAAAGCUGGCAUGCUAUGUCUCUGAUGACGGAGGUGCUCUUUUGACAUUUGAGGCCAUGGCAGAAGCCGCAAGCUUCGCUAAUAUGUGGGUCCCAUUUUGCCGGAAACAUGCCAUUGAGCCUAGAAACCCUGAAUCCUAUUUCAGUUUAAAAAGGGACCCUUACAAGAACAAGGUACGGACAGACUUUGUCAAGGACCGCAGACGUGUGAAACGUGAGUAUGACGAAUUCAAAGUCCGCAUCAACGGGCUGCCAGACUCUAUCCGUCGUAGAUCUGAUGCCUAUCAUGCCCGGGAGGAAAUCAAGGCUAUGAAACAACAGAGACAGAAGAGAGAUGAUGAGGCCGCGGAGAGUGUUAAGAUCGCAAAAGCUACAUGGAUGGCAGAUGGAACCCAUUGGCCAGGAACUUGGCUAACUCCUUCUGUCGAACACACUAAAGGUGAUCAUGCUGGUAUUAUACAGGUGAUGUUGAAACCUCCAAGUGAUGAGCCACUACAUGGCACCAUUGAUGAGAUUGGAACAUUGGACUCCACUGAUGUUGAUAUCCGUCUCCCCAUGCUUGUUUAUGUGUCUCGUGAGAAGCGUCCUGGCUACGAUCACAAUAAGAAAGCAGGAGCCAUGAAUGCUCUUGUUCGAGCUUCUGCAAUUAUGUCUAAUGGCCCCUUUAUUCUCAAUCUUGACUGUGACCACUACAUCUACAACUCUCAGGCUAUGAAAGAAGGUAUGUGUUUCAUGAUGGAUAGAGGUGGUGAUCGCCUUUGUUAUGUCCAGUUUCCUCAGAGAUUUGAGGGUAUUGAUCCUUCUGACCGAUAUGCGAAUCACAAUACUGUUUUCUUUGAUGGUAACAUGCGUGCACUUGACGGCCUCCAGGGUCCUGUCUACGUCGGAACAGGAUGCCUCUUUAGAAGAAUUGCACUCUAUGGCUUUGAUCCACCUCGAACAAAAGAGCACCACCCUGGUUGCUGCAGCUGUUGCUUUGGUCGUAAAAAACGGGCCACAGUUUCACAUACCCCAGAAGAAAACCGUGCCCUUAGAAUGGGUGAUUCGGAUGACGAAGAAAUGAACCAAUCUCUGGCUCCAAAGAAGUUUGGAAACUCAACUUUCCUCAUUGAUUCAAUACCAGUUGCCGAGUUCCAAGGCCGACCCCUUGCAGAUCAUCCGGCUGUUAAGAAUGGACGACCACCAGGCGCUCUUACCAUUCCCAGAGAACUUCUUGAUGCAUCCACAGUUGCAGAGGCAAUUAGCGUAAUAUCUUGCUGGUAUGAGGAUAAAACAGAGUGGGGAGAUCGCGUCGGGUGGAUUUAUGGGUCUGUUACGGAAGAUGUUGUCACAGGGUACAGAAUGCACAACAGGGGAUGGAGGUCUGUUUAUUGUGUAACUAAACGGGAUGCUUUCCGUGGAACUGCUCCCAUCAAUCUAACAGAUAGGCUCCACCAGGUUCUCCGCUGGGCUACUGGUUCAGUCGAGAUAUUCUUCUCUCGUAACAAUGCUCUGUUAGCCACUUCAAAAAUGAAGAUCCUGCAAAGAAUUGCUUACCUGAAUGUAGGAAUAUACCCGUUCACCUCCAUUUUCCUCAUCGUGUAUUGCUUUCUACCCGCGCUCUCCCUUUUCUCUGGUCAGUUUAUCGUCCAAAGCCUUGAUGUUACUUUCCUGGCAUACCUCUUGACCAUUACAAUCACACUUUGCUUGCUUGCCGUGCUCGAGGUGAAGUGGUCCGGCAUUGAAUUGGAAGAGUGGUGGAGAAACGAACAGUUCUGGUUAAUUGGAGGCACUAGUGCUCACUUGGCCGCUGUGCUUCAAGGGCUGCUGAAAGUAGUUGCUGGAAUCGAGAUAUCUUUCACUCUGACAUCAAAAUCAGGAGGCGACGAUGAGAACGAUGAGUUUGCUGAUCUCUACGUCGUGAAAUGGACAUCCCUCAUGAUCCCUCCCAUCACAAUAAUGAUGACUAAUUUGAUUGCGAUAGCAGUUGGAUUUAGCCGCACAAUAUACAGUGCUAUACCGCAAUGGAGUCGGUUACUGGGCGGAGUUUUCUUCAGUUUCUGGGUGUUGGCUCAUCUAUAUCCUUUCGCCAAGGGGUUGAUGGGAAGAAGAGGGAGAACGCCUACCAUUGUUUUCGUCUGGUCAGGGCUUAUCGCCAUCACCAUAUCCCUUCUCUGGGUGUCCAUUAAUCCACCAGCAGGCGCUACUGAAAUCGGAGGCUCAUUUCAGUUUCCUUGAUAAAAUUAUGCUUCAAUGUCCGAAAAGCCAAUUCAUUUCACUAUAGAAUGCACUUGUAAAGCACUGAUGAACUAAAACUACAAGCCAAGCAUCUCUCAUCUCCUUAAAGACAAGGAGCAGGGCUCUUCUGUACUGUUUAUUAGCACUUGUAGCUUCUUUAUUCUUUAUUUCAUACAUUGAUGAUUGAUUAUAUGCCUUUGCAAA